AUGAGGGUAAAUGAGCAUACAAAACUUAUUGGCAAUAAGAUAAUUUUGGUACCGUACCGAGAAGGCCACGUAGCCAAGUACCAUGCGUGGAUGCAGGAUGAGGAGUUGCGAUGUCUCACAGCAUCAGAGCGUUUAUCACUUGAAGAUGAGUAUACAAUGCAGCAGAAGUGGCAAAGUGAUCAAGACAAAUGCACAUUUAUUAUUUUGAAUCGCAGUUUGCUUGAUUGUAGUGGCGAUGAAGCAAGUUUUUUGCUGUCGUCAUUAACCAAGUUUAAUAUCUUCAACUACUUAGCAUUAAUAAUCAUUAGCAUGAUUGGAGAUGUAAAUAUCUUCAUAAGAGAUGAGAUUGGAGAGCUUACCACGAUGAUUGCUGAAUCUGUGUGGCGCCGAAUGGGUUUUGGUAGUGAAGCAAUUCGAAUGAUGUUGAGAUAUGCAAUAGAAGUAAUUGGGAUACGCAAAUUUGAAGUGAAAAUUUCGGAAAAUAAUACUGCUAGUCAGAAGUUUUUUCAAAAAAUUGGUUUUAAAGUAGCAUCAAAAUGUGAGAAAUUCCAUGAAUACACAUUGUCAGUUGACUAUAAAUCUGUUCUUCAAAUUAUUGCCAGUUCAAGAAUGAAGUAUGAAAUUUAUCCAUAA